AUGCCUGCAGAUGUGGUCCGCAGACAGUCUGAACCAUAGACAAACCUCUUUUUUACCUCUCUCCUCUUAUCUCUAACCUCUGCUCUCAAACAAAAAACUCUAGGAGACUCCUCCCACUUCUUCACCCCAAACACCCCUCCUUCUCCUUCUGACCCUCAAAAAAAAAAAAAAAACCCUAGUUCCUCCCCUGCAGUCGCUGACCACUUCUCCUCCUUCUCCUUCUUUCUUUUUGCCGUCGCUGCUGUUACCCCCCAAAAGAAAACCGUCGCUGCUGUUGUUUUUCAUCAAACCAUCGCUGCCCUCUUCUCAUUUCAAGAUUAGCAGCACACCUUAAUACUGAAAUGCCACCACCAUCGUGUUGAUAUAUGAUAUUUGAUAUCUCACGUGUUUCCUCAUGAAUUCGAUGUUUUCAUCAUCUACCCUCUCGUGUCUUCCAUCUCUUUACAAUAUUCCUAAACCCUAUAAACAAUUACCACAUUUCUCCUUCACUAAUCACCGCCUUUCUUCACUUCCAAUUCAACCCACUUCCUUUUCACGUAAAUCAACCGUUUGCGCCGUACCUCCAAGCGAAGGAACAGUCUCCGUCAUCAACUUCGAAGAUUUCGUGGAGAAAGAUUGGUCAUUUCUCGAUGCAGAUGAUAUCAGUACAGACGAAGCUUAUAAACAAAAUAUUGAUCGAAUCAUAUCAGCUGGGAAAGUUGGGGACGAUUCAAAGAUUCUAAUAUCAACAGGAUCGGAACAGUUUGUCGAUCGAGUGGUUGAUACGUGUUCGUGCAAACUGUUGCUUGUUGUUCAUGAUUCUUUGUUUACAUUAGCCUGCAUUAAAGAAAAGUAUGAUACGGUUAAAUGCUGGCAAGGAGAGUUGAUUUACGUACCCAAGAAAUGGGCCCCGUUUGAUGUUGUGUUUCUUUACUUUCUUCCCGCUUUGCCGUUUGAGCUCGAUCAAGUCUUUGGUGCACUAUCGAAGGUCUGCUCGCAAGGUGCGAGAAUUGUGAUAAGUCAUCCAAAAGGAAGAGAAAUGCUUGAGAAGCAGAAAGCAGAGUAUCCGGAUGUUGUAGUUUCUGGCUUGCCUGAUAAACCGACAUUAGAGAGUGUUGCGUCUCAUAAUUCGUUUACGAUGGUUGACUUUGUUGACCAACCAGAUUUUUACAUUGCUGUAUUAGAGCAUACAAAGUAAGCUUUGCCAUAUGAGUUGAAGUUUAAUAUAGCCCAGGGUUUUGACUUUCUGAAGUUUGACCAAAUUUUGUAGUAAGAACUAAGAAGAGAUUUUUCUUCUACUUUAUGGUAAUUAUGGUGUGGAUUAAUUACUUGUU